AUGAAUUAUCAUAAUAUGUCUACUGGUAGUGUAUCGACUGGAACUUCAUCAUUUUUUCCUAGUGAUGGAGACAAUUAUGAUUAUAGGAUUAGGGAAAUUGAAGAGUACUAUGUCAAGACUCUGUUAAAUGAUGAUGAUGAUAAUGGUGAUGAUGAAGAAGAUCCUGUGGGAAGCGAGGCUUCAAGUGUAAAUUCUUCUCCAAAACAGCAACAUUAUCAGCCAUUGGAUUGUUUUAAACCAUCGGUGCAGGACACCGGUGUUUUGCCCUCGAGGAAUAGUCAUCCGCUUGAAGUGGAUAUCAAUGCCAAUAUAAUGCCCAGCUUAGAUGCUUUGCCUUUGACUACUGAAAAUUUACAAAGAUUAACUAUCAGUGGUACUCCUCUUAAGAGUUCUCCACAAAUUCAAGUGACUACUAGAGCACCUGAGGAUUCACGGCAACAAUUAAACAAAGAGCUGUACAAGACAGAGCUUUGUGAAUCGUUCACCACAAAAGGUCACUGCAAAUAUGGGAACAAGUGCCAAUUCGCUCAUGGGCUGCAAGAACUGAAAAUUAAGCCAAGGGCAACAAAUUUUAGGACUAAACCAUGUAUUAACUGGAGUAAAUUGGGGUAUUGUCCUUAUGGUAAGAGAUGUUGUUUUAAACAUGGUGAUGAUCAGGAUAUCAAGGUUUAUACACAAGCCAGGAAGCCUAAGAAUUUACAUGCAAAUGUUAAGGCAUUACAAAAAAUUACCUGGUGA